UCACACCCCUAGCACUCUGAGGAGCACCGCGUACCUUGCUGGAUCUACAGAGCUGCUGAAGGGAGAAUCCACGUAGCGUGCCGGCUUCCUCACCAACCUCCCCCAAAGGACAUACCGCCAUGGCUGAUCAACUGACCGAAGAACAGAUUGCUGAAUUUAAGGAGGCAUUCUCCUUAUUUGACAAAGACGGCGAUGGCACCAUCACAACAAAAGAACUUGGGACAGUUAUGAGGUCACUUGGACAGAACCCCACAGAGGCUGAGUUACAAGACAUGAUCAAUGAAGUAGAUGCUGACGGCAAUGGCACAAUCGACUUUCCAGAGUUUCUAACAAUGAUGGCAAGAAAAAUGAAAGAUACAGAUAGCGAGGAAGAAAUCCGUGAAGCUUUCAGAGUUUUUGAUAAGGAUGGAAAUGGGUAUAUCAGUGCAGCCGAGCUCCGCCAUGUAAUGACUAAUUUAGGGGAAAAGCUGACAGACGAAGAAGUAGAUGAAAUGAUCAGGGAAGCUGAUAUAGAUGGAGAUGGGCAGGUCAACUACGAAGAAUUCGUACAGAUGAUGACAGCAAAAUGAAGACUCCUCUUACCUGUUCCUCCCUCUAGAAGAAUCAAAUUGAAUCUUUUACUUACCUCUUGCAAAAAUGUUCAUUUACUCAUUCUGUUUCUGUAUAGCAAAACUGAAUGUCAAGAAAUACCUUCUGUCCACAAAAACUCUGCAUGUAAUGGUUGGUGGUCCUGUCCCCAAAAGAUGAGUUUAAACAUCAGUUUUACAGUAUAUAAAUACUUGUACUACCUUUAAACAACAAGGAAGCACUUAGGGGACUCCUUAAGUUCCAUUUGCUAAUGAUUACUACACUGUUUGGGCUGGCCAGUUUUACAUGCAUGCAGCUUGACAAUUGAGCACAGUCAGAUCUUUGUAUUUAAAAAUCAACAAAAAGCAAAAAAAAUUACAUCCACUACCAGGUGGAUUCUGUUUCAAUUUGUAGUAUAAAUUGUCAUAGCUGGUUUACUUUAAAAUUGGUUUAUACCUCAGGAUGGUAUGCAGCAAAAUAGUUGAAGGGUGCAAAUGUUGAGGAAAGUCCCUAAUGGAUGAGUGGCUCUUUUGUACUCGAUGUGCUCCCAAAUCUGAUCUUAACUAAGGAUGGCAUGUCCUAAUAUUGGUUUAACUUUGUUUGCAUUGCACUAACGUGAAACGGGUGUCAGGCUGUUAGACGUUCACAACAUUUUUCAGAGUAACUUUCACAGAGAGGAGCAUCUUUGGACUCUCAUGUUUUUAAAAUGUCUGUACCAGACUUGGAGCCGGCAGAGUAACCUUGUAUCUACAUAGGACUUCAGCACAACGAUCAACAUGGCUGUUUCAAGAAAUUUCAAUGUCCAUUCCAAGUUGUAAAAGCUAGUCAUUAUUUUUGUUUUUUGUUUUUUUCUCAAUAAAAGACCAUUAAUGUAA